AUGCAUUUUUUGAUGUGUUUGUUUUGCUUUUCAAGUAUUUACUCUACGAAUGGUAACAGCUGCAAUGUACGGACCGGCAGGGCUGGUAUAGAAGACAACAACAAUGCAGCCAACGAUAGAUUCCAUACGAUACAGCGGGAAUAUGAAAUAAUGAAUAACAUGGUUUAUGAUGCUUUAGAAAUGACUUGCAAGCAAUUUAUAAAAUUGGUACGGAGACGACAGAAUUCUUGUGGUAACACCUAUUUUAAAAUAUUGCAUGGUGAACUGCUGGGUAGACUGAGAGAGAGAUGCACAGAAAAAGUGUUACGGAGGAUUAUUGAAUUAAAAUACAGUGCAAAAAAAUUAAAGGAUAGCGUGAAAAAAAUGAAAAAUACUAUCAGUCGUAACAAAGUAAGUUUAUACAGGGAUGAAAUAGACAAAAUGGCGCACAAUAUGAUUGAAGUUGCUAAGGGCUUUUCGCUUUUGCGUGCGCCAUACGCUAACUCACUGGAUCUAUCCGGCAAAACGGCAUAUGUUGAUGUUUAUUACGAUGAAUUUGAGAAAAUGCACGAAAGACUAGCCAGUGCAUUGUCCAGAUUCAGUGCCAAAUCAAUAAUGGUACCGUAUUUCAAAACAAGAAAUAAAUAUACUUUUAAAUGGUUGUGUGAAACUUGCGAAUUUGCGAAAAUGAGCGAAGCAUUAUUUUCUAAAGCGGAAGAAAUGCUUCGGAGUGCCAGAAAUUUUUUGAUAGAAAAAUAUAGGCAGACAGGUAAUGAAAAAUGGUUGGAAACACAACAACCGGCUGUUUGUACACCUGCGAGAGACUCGCAGCUUUAUAAUACUGAGAAGAAUAUAGGAGAUCGGAUCUUGUUAAGUGAUCAGAUAUCAGAGAAGAGCGAUGAUCUGGAAGAGUGGGAUAGUAGUGAUUUAAGUGGAUCGAAUAAUUAUGAGACGAAAAAUGACUUAUCUGAGUCUCAGAGAACUGCAUUGAAUAUGCUACAUCCUUCUUGCGCUCCACCCUGUUCAUCUGGUUACAUAUCUGGGUCUGCACCUCCGGUCAACCAUCCAGUACUUCCUUCAGAAAAUCUUAGUAGAACCGUUGGUCGUUGUUCACCUCCACCACAAUCAUCUCAACACCUAAAACCAUCACGAUCAUCUUCACGACCACAACCACCUCCUCAACACCUAAAACCAUCACGAUCAUAUUCACGACCACAACCACCUCCUCAACACCUAAAACCAUCACGAUCAUCUUCACGACCACAACCACCUCCACAUCAAGAAUCAUCCUCAAAUGCCCAUUCUAAACCAUGUAACCCUCUUUCCCAACCGUUUCAUCCAGUCCAAACAUCCAAUCAGUCUCCUCCUCUUUUAUCUUCAAGUAACUCACCAAAUCAUCAACAUUUUCGCAACUAUUAUGAUUUACCAUCUAUGUUUAAUUCUACACUAGUUUAAUUUUAAUUAACAUAUUGCUCAACAUAUGUUAUUUG